AUGGCACCAGAAGAAGAAGCUUCUGUGAGGAGAAUGAUCCAACAAACAGUCACCGUUCUCCAAAGAUCGGGUGUAGGAGAGAGUCACCCUGGAAGCCGCUAUUCACAGCUGCUCAAACUACUUUGGGACAAGGUGGACCGAAAAUCACAUAAAGAAUCUCGAUCCGCCCGAUCACUUGCUACGCUCGAAAAUCCGUACAGGCCUGUCAGCACAAGCGCUGCUACACCAGCAUCAAACUCGGCAGCCUCGGCUUCGUUAGAAUCGCCGGCAGUCACAGAUUUGAUGGGAGACUUUAGCUGGACGGAUUUAGAUGCGAUAGGUCAUUUCGCUGUCAAUGGUAAUGAAGGCACGUCAACAGAUGCUGAGUGGUGGACGGGAUUCCUUCCUACAGAUAGCGGUCCUUUGGGUCCACUGAGUGGGUUGGGUUCGAUGGACAAUUGGAGCUUCAGCAUGUGA